AUGUCGGCUAGACUUCUCUUCUUAUUCUUGUUCGUCUUGGAAAGUAGUCAUGCAUUUGAUGCUGGCUUUCUCGAAUUGAAAUCAUCCCGUGCAUUGAAAGACACCACACACUACAGCGUCACCGUCUGUGCUUUGUGUCGUGCGACCAUUGACUAUUUGCAGUCUUUACCCAAAAUCGAUAUAGCUUAUCUAGAAACGAAAUUCAAUGAAACUAACGGUCAAUGUCAAGGAAGUAUUGUCAAGGAUAUUGUAAAUUUCUUACAAGCAAAUCAACAGGCGGGUAUUAAUCCAUGGCAAUACAUAACUGCAGUUCGAAUAAUCGCUUCGUCGAAUACGAAAACUGAUUUGAAAGAAAUGUUCAAGUCGGAGAGUCAUUUCGAUAGUGAACGAUUUGUUGGCGGAUCACAAUUACUCAUGAAACGAUAUCNUAUCAGUGAAGAUCUUCUGACUGAUGUUAUUCAUCUUAAACAAACGAAAUUCGCUGUUUUGAAAAUGUUUAUGGUGAUUCAGUCGUACUUCUCACGUGUGAAUUUUCUGAUCAAAGAUGUUUGUUUUAUGUUGAAUCGGACUGGUGAGCAAUUUUGGAGCGAAAUCAACCAGGAUUGUAUGCGAAUAACAAUGAAGGAUGAGAAUCAAACCAAGUUUGACAAGGACAUAUGGCGUACCGGUGGAUCGAAAUCUCGAGAACAAAUUCUACAGAAAUGGACUGAUUUUAACGAAAUGUUCCAAGAAUAUUUUAGGAAAAAUCGAUUUCAUCAAACAGAAUUAUUCGAUUUGAAUUCCUACUUUUACCAAGAAGAAAUUCAUCGACUAUUAACUGAUACCGAUUUAAGAAUUCCUAAGCAUUUACAAGAUUUGUGGUUGAACAUUCAAGGUAAAACAUCUCGUCGAGUUCUCGUUACUAUGGACAUGUUCAAUGGCCAGCCAGUCUUAGUGAAAAGCUCACAAGUUUGCGAAAUUCAUAGUAGUGGAGAUUAUCUGAAAGCCAUGGAAAAGCUUGCAAUCUUUCCGGAUAUAUUGGUUGUUGAUCUCAAUGGUGCAUUCGGUGAAGUCGACACAGUCAAUCGUCGAAUUAUCAAACAGUUAGCUCUAAAAUAUCAUGUACACACAGGUGGUGGCUUACGAACUAUCGAUGAUCUUGAAGAAAUGUUGAAUUCCGGCAUUCGUCGAUGUGUCAUGGCCAGUGGUGAAGAUUCGUUAAUCGAAAAAAUUCCCAAAGAUCGUCUGAUCGUUGAGAUAAGCGUCAACGAGAAAAACGAAGUGCUGAUUCAUGGACGACGAACUAAUACACACGUAAAUAUCUUAACAAGACUUCAUCAAUUAAUUGGUGUUGGUGUCCGUGUUAUUAGUAUAACAUUGGUUCAAACCGAAGGGCAUCUUUCCGGAAUUCCUCGUCAACAAAUUCGCGAAUUAAUUUCACAAAUUCCGUAUGAAAUCGAAAAAAUUUAUAUUGCCGGUGGAGUUAGCUCAUUGGAUGAUUUGGAUUACCUUUGGUCGUUUCCUCGUGUUAUACCAGUCCUUGGUUCGGCUAUAUGGAAAAACAAGCUGACGAUCGGACAGAUAUACAAUCGAAUGCUGUAUUUCGAUGAGAAUGGUCUUGUACCAGCGAUUAUUCAGGAUGUCAAUGGGUCAGUGAAAGGUUUAGUUUACAUGAACGACAAGUCGAUUGAGAAAACAUGUGAAAAUCGAGUUUUAUAUCGCUAUUCAAGAAAAUUACAACGGGUGAUCAUGAAAGGUGAAAUGUCCGGUGACCAACAACAAGUAAUCCAAUUAAGUGUUGAUUGUGACUCGGAUGCACUGCUGAUUACUGUUGAUUCGAACAAACCAUUUUGUCACACAGGGAAUCAUAGUUGUUUCAAUGUGCAAACAAGUUUAAAAGCCAAUUUUGCUAUUCUAGCUGACCAUAUCAAAUCACGAAUGUCUACUGAUAGUUACACCGGAAAAAUCCAACGAAAUCCUUCGUUAGCUCUGGUGAAAAUCAUGGAAGAGUUGUGGGAAAUUGUCGCUUGCCACAACGACAAUCAAACCGACGAAUGUAGUGAUAUGAUUGCGCAUUUGAUCAUGUAUCUCAAUGGUAUGGGAAUAUCAAUUGAAGACAUCUGUAAUGAAUUAAAUCGACGACGAUGGAUGGCAAAAGGUUUAACUACUCCUAUGAUUGAACAAAAAUCCAAGGAAAUCAUAAUUGGAAUUACAAGUUCGAAAUACACUGAUAAAACCGAUAGAUUUGCUGAAGAGGAACUAGGCAUACGGAUCAGACGACAGUCCGGUCGUAAUUUUCAUGUUAGUGGACAAAUCAUCGAUCGAGACAAAUUUUCGAAAUAUUUUCAUCCAGAUGCAAAUUUUCAACUUACGUUAUUUUCAAGUAAACCCAAAGAUAUGAUAUGGUUAUUAGCAACAAAACGUCUGACACACAUCAUCACAUUUGAUUCCGUGGUGAAAAAUUAUCCAAAAACUUAUGCGACCGUGCAUGAAAUCGUUGAUCCAACGAUUUGUCUGGCAUUGGUACGUCGUUCAGGCGAAUCGAUUGAACCGGCUAAAUGGACGAAAACGAAUAAAGUCCUCAUUGCCAGUGAAUACAUCUGUCAGACCACGAGAUUCCUUGAAGAACAUCAUAUCCAUCGACACACAUAUCAUUUAGAUAAAAUAAGUGGAGCAUCGGAGGCAUUUUUAGUCAAUACAAAGAAAUAUUUAUUAGCCGAUACCAUUGUUGAAAGUGGUAGAACGUUGGAACAAAAUCAAUUAGAAAUAUGGAAUAUUAUUGUGCCCAGAGGAGAAAUACGUAUUGGACUUUACGAAUAUAUUUUUGCCAAAAAUGAAUAA